AUAGAUGGUCAGUUGAGUGAAGGUGGUGGUGGUGGUGGUCGCUGAGUAGUGGUCUCAGCAUCCCGGGCCCAGCGUGUAGUGGAUCUAUUGUGCUGUGGCGUGACCUGGGCAAGGGUGAAGCAGCACCAGGGCCUGCAGGGUGGUGUGUGGUGCCGGGAGCAGCAGGACCUGGCACUGGACGACGUGCAGCCUUCACCGCGCCUCUCACGGGGCAGUAUCACGCUGCUCCCCAGAUUGUUGUUGGUGUCUGUGCAGGUGUGACUCUGGUGUGUUGUGGUGCAGCUGCCUGUGAUGUGUGGUGGUGGGGCUAGAUAGUGUGGGGCGGUGGGGCAAAUGGUCAUGCCCCCCAGCCACCACACCAGCCUCAGGAGGACAGUGAGGCCUGGCCAGCCCCUUCCUUCAUCACUAUUGCUGCUAUGGAGGCUGGCUGGUGGCCACGCCCGCCCACCUGCCCGCUACCCCCCGGUGGCUUGGGCUGUGCCAGGUGAGCAGCAUGGCUGAGCCCCAGCACAAGCGGGCCAAGCUGCCCCCCUCAGGUGAGGGCGGGGCUGGGGGCCGGCCAGGCCGGCUGCUGCCCCGCCGUGACCUGGAGAUCAUCCAUGCUCGCCUGACACACAAGUGCCUCUGCUCCCUGCAGCUGCCGGACAUCCUGCAUACGCUGGCCGUCUGCAAUGAAUGCCUGGCCAGCCAGCCUGCUGCCCGGCCUGGCCCACUGCGAGAGGAGACACUGCUCUACACAGGCAUGCUGACACUCUUCUUUGAGGUGUCGCUGAGGCAGCAGAGCCGUGGUGUGUUGUGUGCCCGCAUCAGCCAAGUUGCUGCUGCUGGUGCUGACAAUGAAGCUGCCGUGCUGGAUGUGCUCUUCACUCUCCUGGCUUCCCCUGAUGCCUACAUCAGCUACUCGGCUGCCCGUGCUCUCUCAGCCCUGCUGCUCAUGCUGCGUGGUCGGGCAGGUGAGGUAGUGCUGGAGCGGCUGGUGGAGAAUCUGGCCACCUCACCACGUCUGGUAGAGGUGGGCCACUCAGUGGAAGUGGUGCGCCGUGUCAUUGAGUGGAAGGAUUUGGAUGACCACCCACUGGAAGUUGGGGAAGAGGGUGGUUCACCCCCAGAGUGUUCCCGUGUGCAGCUGGCCCCGGCGGAGGCACAGGGGGCCAAUGAGGUGAAGCACCUGGCCACACGCACAUUGGAGCGGCGCUGGUUCGCCCUGGUGGGACGUCUCACGCAGCUGGUGAAUGAGUUCUCAGCAGAGCGAGAACAUGUGGUGGUGUCCUUCCUGGCACUGUGGGAGUCCUUAAUCUCGGUGAAAGCCAACUUGUCUGUUACAGACACCAAGGAGUUCUAUUCAGGACUGGAGCGCCUGAUGGCACCCCUGACGCGACACACAGCGGCAGUGGUGUGGCGCAAAGUGUUGGACUUGUACAACGAGGUGCUCUGCUACGGUAGCACGCUGGCCCUGCAGGACGUGCUAGCUGAGGAGCCUUGUAACCUGGCCCACUUGCUUAUUCGGGCAGUGAAGGACCGCAGAUUCUUAGAGUGUGUGCCUUGUGGAGGGGCAGGAAGUGGAUCUGGCCAUGGGGGGGAGGGUGCAGGGAGCGUGGCCGGUCCAGGACCCAGUUCACAGGGCAUGUCAGUGGGUAGAGACCCUGGGGAUAGGACUGUGUUGCACAAAGUGGUGCUGGUGGUGCUUAAGGCCAUUGCUGUGACGGUGAAGGAGACACGCUGUGACUCCUCCUCAGAGAACUCCUCCAGGUCUGGCGGGUCUGGCUCGGAGGAUGUGGACAUGGCCAUCAUCGAGCGCAGCUUGCGGGAAGUGGUGCGUAAAGUGGAUGAUUUUGUCAAAGCCAAGCUACCCUUCCACCCUGAGGCUCCCAUGGCUGAGUGGAUGGUGCGCCUCUUUGCUGAUCAGGAUGACUGGCUGGUGGAGUCUAUGGUGUGCGGCCUUGACAUCUUCACCGGCCUAGGUCUUCGCAUCAGACAACAGCCAGAGCUUCAUGCCUGUGUCAACCCUCACACCACCUUCCUGGUCUUCCUGGAGACGGUGUACCUGGACCACGAUGUUCUGCUUGAUCUGCUGGUGUCCAAUGAGACCUGCUUCCUCCUCUACCUUCUUCGCUACCUCAAGUUCAUCCGCCGCAGUUGGCAUGAGUUUGCCUCUCACUGUGGACGCCGCCUGGAAGAAGUUAUGACAGUCUUGAUUCGUUUGCGGUAUGCCAUUGAUCGUCUGGUGUCCAAGAACCUCUUCCCAUACAACAUCACUCCAGUCCUCAAGCUGCUGCAGAAGUGUGAGGAAAUGUAUGAGGGUGGGGAUCACUAGGUUUGUCCCUAUUCUUGCAACAGGCAAGGAUGAGCUGCAAAGCACCUCAGGUGGGUGCCCUAGAGUUUUUAUAGAGUGCAGUGGAAGGAUGGGUCAAGGAAAGUAACCCUUAGUAAGGUCACAGUGCACUGUAACCUUGUCAUUACUGGCAACUUGUGUGAAGGUGUCUUUGUUACUUAGUGGGCAAAGUCAAUAUUACCUCUCUCCUCUGAGUGCUGCAGCCCCAACUGGUGGCACCACCAUGCCGCCCACCUCGGACCUGGGCAGCUGCUUGGGCUCGGUAGGAUGUUCGUAGCAUUAGAGAAACUGAUAUAUCCUCAGUUGCAAUAUCAUAUAUUUUUAUAUUUAUUUAGGUCCUUCAUGUCUUACUUAACAGUGCUCUCUGCUCUCACUCAGAUGUUUAGAGUUGUGUCAGUAUUGAGAGAAUGGUUUGCAGGUAUGAGGGUGGGGUAUGGUAGAGACAGGAUAUAGUAGAGACUAUCCAGCACCUGAGAUGUAGUGUUUAUCACUAUAUUUAUGUUUUGAUUUUUUUAAGUAAUGAUGUAAUUUCAGUACAUAUGUUGAAGGUGUUGACAUAACACAAUGUAAGUUGGUGUAAAGUACCAAUGUAAUAUUAAAACGACACAUUCCAUACACCACUUCAUUUCUGACUAUGUGCAUCAUUGCAAUGCACACCACAACCCUCACCUGAAGUGCACGCACACGCGCACACACACACACACACACACACACACACACACACACACACACACACACACACACACACACACACACACACACACACACACACACACACACACUUGCACAUAUUUUAUAUCAAGUUUCCAUAUGUGCACAGCAUACAGCACGGUUAUGUAUACCUCUGUGCCAAAGAUGCAAACUCACAUGGGUCAUACUGUACACACCACCACCAUCACACAUACCUUUGUGCCAUAUGCCCAUUUAUCUAAAGCACACACACACAGUUGAAAAUUAGAAAUGUUGGGUAUUUCUUACAAACACAUUUCCAAGACUGAGAAUUUGUAUUUUGUUUUUGUCUGUUCAUCCAUUUAUUUAUCUAUCAAUCUACCUAUCAGUCUGUCAAUUCUUAUACCUCUGUAUGUGUCAGUUUAUCUUUGAUUGUUAUUCCAUGGGUCCUGUGAGAGAAUGGUUAUGUCUCUUGUUUAUAUAUUUCAUCUGGAAACACACCACUCCUGUCACACUCACCUCCUUUUUCUUUCUCUUUUAAGAACAUUGGGGGUAAUAAAGUUGGUGGGAUGAUGCACUGGAUGGCUUUUUUCUAAUCGGUUGUUGUUAAUAGAUAGAUCUCAGCUCUUUUGAAUUGACAUGGUAGUCAAAAUUAUUUAUAAUACACAUAUGUAAAGCAUAUUUUGCAGUAGUGCAGAACUGGUGAUGAUUACAAGGCAAGUACUUUGGAAUUUCUAAUUUUUCAAAGAACCUGAUAGUAUUUAUGUUCAAAUAAAGCAUUCAAUGCCACAAUCUUUAUGAAGAGGCAAGAUGAAAUUUAAAAUAUUGAUAAACUGCCAUUAGCAAGAUUGGUCUUGAAGCACCUAUUAUGCACCACCACUCUCAUGUACAUGAUAUACAUAGGAAGGUUUGACAAGCCCUCAUUGCCUGCUAGCAUUUAGGUGAUGCCUUUACAUGUCCUUGCAUCAUCCCUGCCUCUGCCUCCCUUCCAGCUGAGGAUACAGACUCUGCCAUGCAUGGGUGGUGUUGUAGGAAUGACAGAGGAAGUUAAUAUUAGGGAACUCAAAUCAGGAAAACUGGUUAGAACAGUUUAAGUAUAUAGUAUAUUAUGUAUUUGUAUUAUAUUAGUUGUAUGCCCUGUUUGGCAUCAUCAACCCAGUGUUUAAAUGGUUAAGAUUUUUUAUAUAUAUAUGUAUACUGUUUCUAUUCCCCUUGCUCAUUCUUUCAAACAUAGUAGGUCACAGUCCUGAGCAGAAUUACAUAUUGUUAUGUUUUCUGUUUUCAUUUAAAAAAUAGAAUGUCGUAUGUUGCUGUGGAAGAUUAUUUGACAAUUUGAACCCAGAAUGUAUGUGUGUGUGUGUGCAUGCGUUUACGUGUGCGUGCAUGAGUAAUAAUUAUGAAUGUGUUGUAAAUGAAAUUAAUUGACAGUUCUUGUUGAUAAUUUAGUAGUCAUGAACUGAUCGAAUCCACAGAGCACCAGGCACUUGUCCCUUGCCACUGCCAUUAGGAAAUUAACAUUCUUAUAUUUAAUUUCCCCCAUAACAAAAUAUCCCUCUUGUAUUUAAUUUUCCCUCACAACAAAGUACUCCCUAAAGUAUCUCCUUGUUAUGUAUUGUAGAUAGCACAUGUUAUUUUUACAAUUUUGUAGACUCUUAAUCACUUGUUAAAAUCUGCACUUUGCACAUUCCUCAUAGUUCAGGUCCUUGACAUAGAACCAGCCAUCAGACAUUUCACUUCCAUGUUUUGAAGUGAGUUUAUUGUUUUGCACUGCCACUCAAUGGAGGAGUUACAAGAUUUAAUGAGGUUAAUACUUCACUGGCAGGUAUGGGAGGCAAUUUGAUUAAGAAUUAUAUUAUUCAUAUUCAUUUUCUUUCAUGUGCAUGUGUGUGUGUGUGUGUCUUGUCUGCAUGUGCAGCUCAGUGUGGUGUAAGGUGUGGGUGGCUCUUUGUGUGAGGGGAUUGUAUAUUGCCAUAUCCAUUGACACAAAAAGGAGGAAUGUAAUUUUACUGUACAAUCUGGCCCUCUCUUUUUUUCAUUCACUGUUGUGUAAGUGAGUUCAGAUGUCUCUUUAUGCUCUCUAUUGUUCAGAAUAUCAAGAUAUAGCUAUCUGAAGAUCACCAAGCUCACUGCCUUCUGUCUGAGCUAGGGAAUUUUUAUCACAGAAGUUUAGUAUUAUCAUUAGAGUUGUAGAGGUAUUGCAAGAAACAAUGGACUGAUACUAGAAGUUCCUCAGCUGCUGACAGUAGCUGUACCACACCAUGGAUAAACUCAAUUAGAAACUCACAGAACAGCCAUUGUUAUGAUGAUGGCAUACAAUUGCAAAACUUUUAAUAUGUUGGUGAUCUGUUUUGAGCCACUAUAUUGAAUUAGCAAGAUGUCCCUGGUACUGACUUGUAUUUCUUCUACAUAUACAUCACUACAAUACUUUGUUUAUUAUCAUGGUGCUAUCAACAUGGCAGAAAUGAGUGUCUCUGAUACCCCAACAUAAUUUUUACAGAGCAAGUGCUUCUCAUGCAUGUAGUGAAAGUAUUCAUAGAUCUUAUUUAAAUGAAAGAAGCUCUGGGUGAAUGUGAGGAACUUUAAAGGUGAAACAAUAGGAAUAUUUCUAUGAACUUAAAUAAAAUUUCUCUCUCUCUCUCUCUCUCUCUCUCUCUCUCUCUCUCUCUCUCUCUCUCUCUCUCUCUCUCUCUCUCUCUCUCUCUCUCUCUCUCUCUCUCUCUCUCUCUCUCUCUCUCUCUCUCUCUCUCUCUCUCUCUCUCUCUCUCUCUCUCUCUCUCUCUCUCUCUCUCUCUCUCUCUCUCUCUCUCUCUCUCUCUCUCACAUAGUGUAUUUAGUUCAGAAGAGUGUCAUGUUUAUGGACAGUGUGUGUGUGCCAUGGUGUAGCUGUGCAAUGUCCCUUUGGCUCUCCAGUAUUCUAUUUCUUUUGACAGAAUGACUAUUUUUGUAUUUAUUUUUAACAAAUAUUUAUUUCUGAGAAAUCAAGCCUCCAUACACAGACUUUAUUUUUCCUGCAUCAAGCUAGGCACUGUACAUAGUUUGUUGAGGAAAUGUAAUGUUUUUUUUUUUUUUUAUAGUUAGAUUUUAGUGUGUAGUAAAUUUUUUUGUAUCAAAACAAAAAUAGGACAGUACAUUUUUGUGUUGAAUCAUCACGCAAUUGGUAGAAUGACAAUGGUGAUGGGCAGAGCUCAGACCCUUGGAGUUGUGUGGAAUUCUGCAUGCCAGCUUUCCUUGUAGUGAGUUCCAUUUUGUGGCAGCUCUUACCCUCCAGAGUUCCCAGCCUUAUGGGCUGGCAUCAGCUUGAGGGUGUUCUCAAAAACAAAACUCUAGUCUGUAGAUUUGUGCCAUGGACUCACUGAGAAGUUGACUCCAAGGAGUUUUGUCUUUUUUUAAGUUAUAGUAAACUUGCUUUUCCAAUCAUUUUAAAGCCUAUGUAGGCUUGUAAUGGCAGCAAAGAUGCUUUCUAUUGGCCAGGCCACAGCAACACCAGUGUUGCUGAUAGACCAAGAGAUUCAGGUUGGACAGACUUGAAGUUCUUAUGACAGCCUGGCAUCAUAGCCUGAAAAUUAACACAUACAUUGAAAAAGCAGUUUUCAAAUGGUAAAGAAUCCAAGGUAAUUGAAAUUCCUUGCAUUAGGAUAUUUCAGCAGCAGUUUUAAAUUUAUAUGACCAAGAAGCAUGAAUGAUUUUUAGCUGAUAUUUGAAGGUCUGUGUAUUUAGGUACGUUGGUACUGAAGGUUCACUGAAUAGUACACAAAGAAUGCUACUGAUAUGGAGGUGAGAUUGUUAAUUGUUAACUUCACACCACAAAUAUUCUAGGGGUAAUGUGUUUGCUUUGUCAUCUUCAUACCAUGUAUUUUUUUAAUAUAUUGAUUUUAAUUAAAAAUUAUGCUAUG